GACUCCUCCUCGACGUGCAUGAGCUCACUCACAGUCUUCAGUCUUGUUCCGCAUCGUCGAGGAUGACUUUCCACCACUUCCCUCUGAUAUCUCGGACAAUUUGAGAGACUUCCUGCAGCUAUGCUUUAUCAAGGAUCCAUCAGCUCGACCAUCAGCUACGCAGCUUUUCCUUCAUCCUUGGGUGAUGCGACCCGAUCUAGUUGUGAGCCUCACUCGCCUGAUUCGAGGCACUUCUGACGACAUCUAGGAUUCCCGCCCCAUGGACUCUGUCCCGUUCCUCCGCAGACUGAGCAUGGAUUCCCGCCGUCCAGAUUCCAGCGUCAUCUUCCCCAGGUAUGGCGAAGGUACCAGACCCAACAGCAUGGCCUUAACCGCAUCUCGACCCGCGAGCAUUGCGGUUGCCUCUGAGAUGUCGGAAGAGGAUCUACGCGCGGUCUUUCGACAAAAUCUACACUCACCCAAUUUACAAUUCGCUUCUCGGGUUCCGACGCCCGAGUCGACCCCUAGAAAGAAUCACAAGCUAAUCAAAACCACGUUCAGCAACGCGAUUCUUUGCCGAGUCUGCCAUGCCAACGUCAAGAAGUCUGGCCUCUUGUGCCAAACAUGCGGCAUGAUCUGCCACACUACAUGCGCCACCAAAGCCGGCAUGACAUGCGACGUCAAGUUGCAACUCGUGCUUCUGGCCCGACAAGAAGAGAUGCUCAGCAUGGCCGGCCUUGAAACCACAACUUCUUUCCAUUCACCGCAGUCAACCCAAACACGAGGUCAGAGGGGUGCAUCGAGUCCGGCACCGAUGUCUCCCGCCGAAGACGCCGACCACGACAACGAGACUAUCGGGGCAGGCAAACUGUUCGCAGGUCUUCGGGCGCGUCGCGAAUCGGCAAAGGGUCCUUCUCGCAUUCGCCGUCUGUCGAGACGUUCGUCCAAAGCCGUGCCUGACGACCUCACUGCUGCCGAGUGCUUUUCAGCCGAGCCGAGCGAGCACCGGAGAGACAAUGCUACUCGGUUCCAAACUGAGAUGCGGCACUUGCACCACCAUGAAGGGGUCGCUUCCUCAGCAGCCACGAAAUCGCAAAACAACCUUCAGAUCGACGUCCUUCCCGCCUCCUCUCGGGAAUUGGAACCGAGUGGCAAAAGUGACUGUUCGAUUAUGUAGCAUACCACGUCUACCAUACCCUACGCCUCUGACACCAAACAAUCUGUAUCCAUAGCUUGUCUCCUUGCCAUAUCAUUUUCCUUGGUUGAUUUCCGGCUUCUCAAAACACGCUUCUACAAACUGAUUAGUUUGCGCAUCAUCGUACAUGAUACAUGCCAUGCACGUUUGUAGCCUUAGCAUCAGACGUGGUUCUGUGCUUUGUGCUGCAUCCCUUGGAAGACUACGUGAAGUCUGGCUGAUGGUUCGGCGGUCUGCCAAGACUUGGCCAACUGAAAAGCUAGCUAUAUUUAAAGCUCAGUUGCAUCACUGAUCUGGCCUUGUCUCUCAAGUUUAUGAUGAUUGACCAUGACGUACUGACGAAGGGCCAAUGAACGUGUCAUAUCAUUCUCGAUCGGUGGCUGAAUGAUAUGCCCGCAGUUGACAGACUCAUGUC